AUGAUGAAAAGAUUAAUAAAGUUGAUCUUUACGACGACCAUAAUAAUAUCCGAUUUCAUAAAUCCCACAUUGGGAUUUCCGGUAAUCACAUCCAAGAUAGUAGUAAGAUGGGGACAUUCGGCCACGUUAGUAAAUUCCAACAUAUAUUACAUUGGGGGCAGAACGGAUGGAAAUGUUUUCAUAACGGAGCUCAUAACGUUAGACGUAUCAAAACCAUUCUCGACCUUAAACCCGGGAUGGAUUGAAUUAGAUAGCACGGGAGCACCAAAAACCAUAGGACAUUCGGCAGUAAAUGGAGGGUUAAGUAAUGAUCAAAUCAUAAUAUUUGGUGGUGGCGUAGAUGACCCGGCUAGCGCUGUCAUGAGUAAUUUAUGGACGUAUGAUACGACCAAUGGCAAAUGGACUGAUCCAAACUUACCACAAGGAGGUCCAAGCAGAAGAUAUGAACAUUCCGCGUCAAUCAGUCCAUCAGGGAUGAUGUGGAUUUAUGGCGGGCUGAUCGAUGGAUUGACAGGAAGCCCAACUAGAAACAUAACGUCAAAAUUAUGGGGAUUAAAUGUAAAUACAUUAGAUUCAUGGAAAGCAUAUCCCUUAUUAAACAAUUCACCCGGGUCAAGGAUACUUCACACUUCAUCAAUAAUCGAUAAUAAAAUGAUCGUGAUUGGAGGGGCCAAAGAUGGAAUUCUACAUGACAUGAAUGAAAUUUAUGCAUUUGAUUUGGAGAAAGGUACUUGGGAGAAGAAUAUUGGGAAGGGACAAAUCCCAGUUUCAAGAGGGCAACAUUCCGCCGUUGUAUCAAACAGGAAGAUUAUAAUUUACGGUGGAUCGGAUAUAACGAAUACGGUUUUAUACGGGGAUGUGGCGGUUUUAGAUACGAGAACAUGGACGUGGACGUCUCCCGUCACAACUAAUAGUCCACCAAAUCGAAGAGAUCACACCGCGACCCUCGUGGGUGCCAACAUGAUCGUUGCAUUCGGUAGAAUCGGUGCUGAUGCCGAGUCAAAUAUUUAUAUUUUAAAUGUUUUAAGUUGGAAUUGGCUCAUCGAUUAUGUUCCGAUGGACCUACCUUUGGAUGAUGACGAUUUCACUCAAAUGAAGAAUACAACGAAUCCAGAUCAUAAGAAGGAUCAACCGAAAGAUCGACAUUGGUUGGGUUGUUUACCUGUUAUCAUAACCUUAUCAGUAAUAGGGGGCUUUUUAUUCGUUGCCGUGCUAGCAUAUAUCAUUCAUAAGAUUAUUAAUAAGCGCAGAAGUGAUAGAGGAGUUAAUUUGGUGGCCGUUCCAUAUAACGCAAAUCCAAUUACCAUCCCUCCAGAAAUGGCACGUAUUAAAAGGUCCCGUCGUCCAUCAUUCCUCUCUUUGGUUAGAAAGGAUAGCAAGAAGCAUGAUUCGGCGGAAAUGUUAAAUAAUCCAACGUCACCAGCGAAUUCGACGGUUCCAUCAACACCAGCUUCACGCGGUACACAUACGCCGUCACAUUCCGAUUGUGGUAUAAUAAUAUCUGGGAAACAAGUUAGAUUUAGCAAUAAUACCGAUACGUUAUAUCAUUAUGAUCCAGAUCCAGAAAAUUAUUUACAGCAAUUCAACGACAUUGAAAAUCAUGCCGGAACCAGCGGGACUAGCGGUGUUAACGCUUAUGAUAUGUCAAAAUCUAGCUUUGAAUCUGUCGAAGAUAUACAAAGUGUGAGUGGUGAAAGCAUUGUAGUGGCUUCAAAACAGGAAUUGCGCGUAGUAAAUCUUUGA